AGGAAAGAAGAGAGAAGAGAAAAAAACGACACCGGGUUAAAGAGAGAAAAAUGAUUUUCUAAACGAUUGUUAAUCACAAUCAGAUAAUUAACUUGGUGCCUUCCCUUUCUCUAUUUGAUGCUUCGACUCUCCUUCACAAUCACAAUCAACAGCAAUCAACGUAAAUGAUUAACAACAAUUAGUGUUCACUCAAUUUCCUUCAAUUUUUGGUCUCUAUGGUGUUUCCUAUGUGACCCUUGUUGUGUUUUCCUUGUCUAAUCCUCUCAUUUCAGUUGACCAGUUUUCAUUUUAAUUAAGUAAUUGUUUCAAUUUUCUUGUCAUCUAAUUAACCCUGAUUGUCCAUUCCACUCGAAUGGAGCAUUUUUGUGGUCACAAUUUUUGGGAUAAUCAAUUAACUUGGAAUACAACAUCUCCAUUAUUUACACCAUGUUUUGGACAAACCUUGUUAACUUGGAUUCCCUGUGGUUUCCUCUGGAUUGUUGCGCCUUUUGUACUACACAAAUUGAUUCGUUCACCUUCCAGAAUUUUACCCUGGACUUUGUUGAAUUUAAGUAAAACAAUUUUAGCAUUACUAUUAAGUGUAACCUCUGCUGUCCAAUUGAUUGCUUCCAUUUUGGAUUUAGUUGAAUUUAAGUAAAACAGUUAAGUGUUGACAUGUCUCCGAAAUUACGCCAUCAUCAUCAUCAUCAUACCCACGCUUGGUUGAACUUUAGCUUUAAUUCUCCUUCAUCGUCGUAAAGGUGUCCACUCUUCCGGUAUUCUAUUCAUUUUUUGGCUUCUACUGACCAUUGGUUCUGCUAUUUAUUAUUGGACGUUAAUUGACACUGUUAUUGAUCCGAAUGACAAGUAUUGGACGAUUGAUAAAAUUACUUUCAUAUCUCAGUCAAUUCAGACUCCAGCCAUUUUGUGUUCGUUUUUAUUAUCAUGUUUUGCUGAUACACGGAGAGAGUAUUUUACCGCUGGUGAAGAUUACAAAAAUGAAUGUCCACUUCUAAAAGCAUCUUUUCUCAAUCAAAUCACUUUCUGUUGGUAUGAUUCUAUGGGCUAUUUGGGUUUCAAAAAAUCGCUCACUCAGGAUGAUAUGUGGGAUCUUCCCGUGGAGAAUAAAACGGAAAAAAUUUAUGACCUAUUCCGUCGAUAUUUGGAAGACGCUAUCAUGUAUACUUUCAAUACUAAACAGAAAUAUCAAAGCGGAAUCGUUAAUACGGUCGAGGACAUGACGAUAAUCAGUGUUAACGUCGUUCUCCCACUUUUCAAAGCCUUUUGGCCUCAACUUCUUGGCUGUGGUCUAGUUAAACUAUGCUCCAGUUUUCUUACCUUUGGUAAUCCUCUUCUUCUAGACCAGUUAAUCGCCUUCGUCGCCAGCGAUGAUCCAAAUUGGCGAGGUUACGUUAUUGCCUUAGGAAUGGCGGUUUGUUCACUCCUUGAAUCUAUGCUUAACGGUCAAUACGAGUUCUGGAUUAAUGUAACAUCCAUGCGAAUGAGAUCGGCGUUAAUUGCAAGUAUUUAUCGAAAGAGUUUAAAAUUAUCCAGCUCAGGAAGGAAAGAUUUUACUGCCGGUGAAAUUGUUAAUUUAAUGGCUGUUGAUACCCAACGAGUUGUUGAUUAUAUCAAUAUUUACAAUCUUCUUUGGGCGGCACCGAUUCAAAUUUUUCUCGCUCUCUAUUUACUUUGGAAUCAAUUAGGAGUCGCUUCUCUUGCUGGUAUUGCUGUGAUGAUUAUUUUAGUUCCAAUUAAUGGUUUUAUUACCGUUAGACUGAAAACCUUACAAGGUCGAUUGAUGGCACAGAAAGAUAAGAGAACUAAAUUAAUGAGUGAAAUUCUGAAUGGAAUUAAAGUUCUUAAAUUGUAUGCUUGGGAAGGAGCUUUCGGCGAUCUAGUGACAAAUAUUCGUGAUGUUGAGAUAUUGGCCCUUCGAGGUCAAGCUAAAUUAUCGGCUGGUAUUGUAUUUGCCUUUUCGUGUGCACCCUUUUUUGUCGCGUUCGCUAGUUUUUGUACCUUUGUCCUAAUCGAUUCGAAUAAUAUUCUAGACGCAAAUAAAGCGUUUGUUUCUCUAUCAUUAUUCAACAUUCUGAGGAUUCCGUUGGCCCUUCUUCCUAUGGUAGUUUCUUAUGGUGCUAAUUUUGUGAUAUCAAUAAAACGAAUCAAUAAAUAUCUUCAAGGCGAUGAAAUUGAUCCGGAGACAAUUCAACAUGAACCUAAUCAAAAAAAUCCCGUCGUCCUUAGGAACGGAACCUUUAGUUGGUCUAAAGAGGAAACUCCAGUUCUUAACGAGAUGACUCUCGAUAUUAAGGAUAGAAGUUUAGUCGCUGUUGUUGGUCAAGUUGGAAGUGGUAAAUCAUCAUUACUGUCCGCUCUUCUUGGUGACCUUUACAAGACUGAUGGUUAUGUUAACGUCUAUGGUAAAAUUGCUUAUGUCCCUCAAACAGCGUGGAUUCAAAAUGCUACAGUCCGUCAGAAUAUUACCUUUUCUCAGCCUUAUAUUCAAGAUAAAUAUGAUAAAGUGAUUGAAUCUUGUGCCUUGUCUCAGGAUUUGAAAAUAUUGACCGGUGGGGAUUUAACUGAAAUCGGUGAGAAGGGAAUCAAUUUGAGUGGAGGUCAGAAACAGAGAGUUAGUCUCGCUCGAGCUGUUUAUUCAAAUGCCGAUAUUUACUUCUUGGAUGAUCCUUUAAGUGCAGUCGAUGCUCAUGUUUCUCGUCACCUUUUCGAUAAAGUUAUUGGUCCAAACGGAAUACUUAAAAAGAAAACACGAAUUUUAGUUACCCAUCGGGUCACUUUCCUUCCUCAAGUCGAUGAAAUUAUCGUACUUAAAGAUGGACGUAUCACUGAGCAAGGAACUUACGCCGAACUGUUGGCCAAAGAUGGUGAAUUCGCUCAAUUCUUGCUACAGUUUGUAAGUGAACAUCAUGAUGAAGAAUUGGCAGCUGAAGACAAAGAAAUCAUCGAACAAUUAAAAGAGAAAAUGGGUCCAGAAUUACAGAAAAGAGGGUCAUUGAUUAAAUCGGAAACAAUUUCUGAAAGUUCUGAUGGAAUUCGUAGACGAACAAUGUCCAAUUCAUCUCGCCCUUCCUUGAGAAAGUCUAACAACUCUCGAAGUGUAUCACAGCUUCGUGAAGAACCAGAUUCAGCUAAACAAAACAACGAAAAGUUCCGUUUAGUUGAAACGGAAGUCGCUCAAACCGGAAAAGUUAAAUGGGACGUUUAUUGGGACUUUUUGAAAGCCUGUAGUUUAAUAUCAUGUUUAUUGGUAAUGAUUGCAUUCUGUUUAUCGAGUACCUUCAACUUACUUUCGAGUCUAUGGUUAACCGAAUGGAGUAACGAUUCGCUGGAUCCCGCUUCUGUCAAUGAUACAACUUUGAGAAACACUCGUUUAGGUGUUUACUUUGGCCUUGGCCUGUUGGAAACAACAUUCACCCUGACCAACAGUAUUAUCCUUAACUUUUCAAUUCUUAAAGGAGCCAAACUUAUCCACGAGCAAAUGCUUUACCGUAUAAUAAGAGCACCGAUGUCAUUUUAUGAUACAACACCUUUAGGUCGUAUAUUAAAUCGUUUCACGAAAGAUAUCGAUGUCGCUGAUGUUACAUUGACUUUCAAUAUUCGAAUGUUAAUCUCACAAAGUUUCCGUGCUAUCGUGGCCAUAAUCGCCAUUUGCUUAGAAACACCUUACUUUUUGCUUGUCGUUAUUCCGGUUGGUGCUGCUUAUGUUUUUGUUCAGAAAUUUUACAUCGCUUCCUCUCGACAAUUAAAGAGAAUUGAAUCUGUAACCAGAUCUCCGGUUUAUUCCCAUUUCUCGGAAACCGUUUCAGGAGCCACUUCCAUUCGAGCCUAUGGUUGCAAUGAAAGGUUCAUUAGCGAGUGUUACCACAGAGUUGAUGUGAAUCACACUUCCUAUUUUCCUAAUUUAAGUUCAAAUCGUUGGUUAGCAAUUCGACUUGAAUUUCUGGGUAAUGUGAUUGUCUUCCUUGCAGCAGUUUUUGCGGUCACGUCGCGAGGUAUUUCAAGUCCAGGUUACACUGGACUAUCGGUCAGUUAUGCAUUAACAGUAACCCAAGUACUGAAUAUGUUGGUUCGAGCCGUUUCCGAUGUUGAAACAAACGUCGUCUCAAUUGAAAGAGUUCUAGAAUAUACUAAAACCCCUAUGGAGGCACCUUGGGACUUGCCCAAGAAAAGUUCGCAGUCAAAUUGGCCUGACAAGGGUCAGAUCGUUUUCAACAACUAUAGCACCAGAUAUAGACCAGGUUUAGAUUUGGUAUUGAAAGAAAUAUCUUGUACAAUUAAGCCUAAUGAAAAGGUCGGUAUUGUUGGCCGAACUGGAGCUGGUAAAUCAUCGUUAACAUUGGCACUGUUUCGAAUAAUCGAACCAACUGGUGGUCGAAUCGAAAUUGACAAUCAGGAUAUCGCUCAAUUAGGACUUCACAAUUUACGAUCUCGACUCACUGUCAUCCCGCAAGAUCCUGUUCUUUUUUCGGGCAGUUUUCGACGUAAUUUUGAUCCAUUUGAAAAGUACACCGAUGGUGAAAUUUGGAAAGCAUUAGAGUUAUCUCACCUUAAAGGUUUCGUUGAUUCCCUGGAAUCAGGUCUUAAUUAUGAAAUCGCCGAAGGAGGUGAAAACCUAAGUGUUGGACAGAAACAAUUAGUUUGUUUAACUCGAGCUUUACUUCGUAAAACAAAAGUUCUUGUUCUAGAUGAAGCAACAGCCGCGGUCGAUAUUGAAACCGAUGAACUAAUUCAACAGACUAUUCGAAAAGAGUUCGCCGAUUGUACCAUCGUAACCAUUGCUCAUCGUCUAAAUACAAUUAUGGAUUAUAAUAGAAUCAUCGUCAUGGAUAAAGGAAAAAUCGUCGAAUUUGAUUCACCAGAAAAUCUUCUCAAAGAUUCAAAGUCAAUCUUCCAUUCGAUGGCAAAAGAAGCAAAUUUAAUCUAAUGAUCAACAAUCAACAUCACUUUUCAUCCAUCAGUUAAUUGUCACUUACAAUUUUAUCCACUUCGAUGAUUGAAACCUCGGCACUUUUUCAGAUCACGACUUUUUCGCUCUCAUCAAAACUUUCCCUCUCUUCACCUUAAUUUCAUCAGACUUUUCUAGUCUCGAAUAAUUCAAGCAACACCAAGUCUUAAUUACUCUCCAAUUUUUUCUCUCCAAGAUGAGAUUCAUUUUAAUCGGAUUGAUUAUCUUAAAUCUCCUCAUUAUCCUUAUCCUUAUCUUCAUCCUCAUCUCUUCAUUAAGUCAAACCCUCAAGUGACCUUCAACUAAUUAUAUUUACAAUUGAAUAUAAAAACUAAUGAAACUAUAUUGAUGUUUAUCAUUAGAUCAAUAUAAUCAUGAACCAAAUGUGAACAAUUUAAUUCUUACAGUUAACCAGUUUUCACCAUUGCCAUUAUUAUGUACCUUUGAUUUAAUUACCAUCAAAAUUGUUUUAUUAAUCAUUAAUCGUCCAACAAUUAAUCUUAAUUCUUCCUCUAAUUGAGUCAUAUUUUUCUAUAUAAAUAAUCAUAUUACAUGUUAAUUAAUUAUUCGUAUACAAAUUUUAAGAAUAAAUUAAAUCCUGAACCAAUUAA